AUGGCUAAACUUUUAACGUAUAAAGAGGUUUCUGAACACAAAACUGUCGAUGACUUGUGGAUGAUUAUCGACGGGAAAGUAUAUGACUGUACCAAGUUUGUAGAUGAACAUCCAGGUGGGGAUGAGAUCUUAGUCGAUCUUGGUGGGCAGGAUGCCACUGGUCCAUUCGAAGACAUCGGUCACUCUGACGAUGCCAUCAAAUUAUUGGAACCAAUGUACGUUGGUGAUAUCGAUAUCACAUCUGAGCCAGUUCUUACCCAGACUACAGAUAUGUCUUCUGCUGCUACUACGGGAGGAGAAGGUAAUGGGUUAAUGAUCAUCGCAUUGAUUGCUGUGUUUUUGGCCAUUGCAUACUACUACUUCAACCAAUGA